AUAUGUCUGCCGACGUCCGUCAUUAUGCCAAAUUUGCUUGCUAAAAUGUAAAAACGGCAAUCGUUGGCAAAUUCGUGAUGUUAUAGUUGUAAAUAUCCUUAAAAUUGGUGCUAAUGAUCAAUUGUUACAUAGUCUUGAACUUCGUGGCUUUUAACUUUGUCAAUUUAUAGAUUUUCCUGCGCUAAAAAGAGAAGUAAGAGUAAGCAUAGGAGGACAAUGGGCAUGGAUUUCUAUUGAUAAGUUUCAGAAGUACUAUGGAAAGGUCUGGUGCCUCGUCGCUGGAUAGUAAUGGAAGUAAUGAGUCAAUAGCUCACAGCUUUGUAAGCAGUGAGCGGCACAACAACCCUCAGAUCCCGCCGCCGCCCAUCCCCAUUGAAUAUGAUGUGGUGACUACGAACCAAUGCUACGACAAGCAGAAUUAUACUGCUAAAGGCGGGGCGCACGGCAUGAGCGCUUCCUACUGCGGGCCGGAGACUCUGCAGCAGCAGUGCGACGCCGCGCUCCUGGACCUGGGCCAGCUGCGGCGCGCGCACCAGGAGACCACGCGCCGCCACGACCAUGCCAUGAAGGAAUUAGAAUACUUCCGGAGCCAGCACAGAGCAGCAAUGAGCCAGCUGGAGGCGUCAGCACAGGAGGCCAGCAGUCUGCGGGGCCAGUACAGCGACCUGCUCAACGACAACCAGCGGCUGGAGCGUGAAGUGCAGCACCUGCACGAGGCGGCGGGCGGCGAGGGCGAGCAGUAUGAGCUACAGAAGAGAUACUCGGAGCUGAUAGCCAACCACAACGCGACGCUGACCACGCUGCAGACAGUACAGGAAGAAAAUGGGAGGCUGCAGGCCCAGGUUCACGACCUGACCCAGGAAAGGAACGCUGUGAUCCGCGAGCGCAACGCCCUCAAGCAGCAAGUCGCCACCGUGGUCCGCCAAUGGGAGGGCGGCGCGCGGGAGAGGGCGGAGCUCCGGGCCGCCCUCACCGCGCGCGCGCCGCCCGACGUGAAGAGAUUGACGGAUGAGAGGAAUGCCGCGCUGCAUGAGUAUACCUUGAUUAUGAGCGAGAGAGACACAGUCCACAAAGAGAUGGAGAAGCUAUCAGACGAUCUUCAAGCGGCCUUGAAGCGAGUGGCAGCUUUAGAAUCAGCCCUGCAAGCCUCGAGGGAUGAACAACGAGCCACAGCUCUACAGGCGGAGUCCCUCCGUCGCGAGAUAGCCUCGGCUCUCCAGGACCGGGACCGCGCGCUCAAGGAGUGCUGCGAUCUGAAGGCGCCACAGAACAGCGCCAACCGCGGGAAGCCCAGACAAGACAACUCCGCGUACCACCAGUUGGGCCUGUCCAGCGGGUCGGGGAAAGAGUUCGGCAACGGACAACACUCCAACGAUACCUCCUUGGACAAACUACACGGGCUAGUAGGCAUGGUAGUGGACGCGGUCGAGAAGGAGCGUGUGGACAACCUGGAGCAAGCCAACCAGGAGCUGGAGCGGCUGCGGGGGCACAUCGACAGGCUGCAGGCCGAGCUGCAGGAGGCGCUGCAGGAGGCCGAGGUUUCAAAGCGGCGUCGCGAUUGGGCGUUCUCUGAAAGAGAUAAAAUAGUGCAAGAACGAGAGAGUAUUAGGACUUUAUGUGAUAGACUGAGAAAGGAACGCGACCGAGCAGUCAGCGACUUGGCCGAAGCUCUCCGAGACUCCGACGACAUCAAGAAGCAGCGCAACUCCGCCUGCAAGCAGCUGAAGCAGCUGAAGGAACAGCUCGACUCGGAGUACUUACACCCCAACAGAGAAUAGAAUAAUAGAGACUACAAAUGGGACAUAAUCGACGUGGAGCUCAGCGGGCUCAGUCAAGACGGGGACUUGGGCUUCGAGCUGUCCGGGGGCAGGGAGGACCCUUGUAGCCCCAAUGAUCAUAAUAUCUAUGUGACGGCUGUGGCUAAGGGGUCGGUGGCUGAGGGGAAGAUCAAACCGUUCGACCGCGUCACCUCAGCCGUCGGCGUCACCUCCUGGGCUAGCGGUCGCGCCGCCUCCACGUCUCUCCGUCUCGCUCUGGCACACGGGCCGGCGCUGCUGCGUCUCGCUCGCGCCCGCGCUCAUACCGCCCACGUGCGGUUACAAGACGCCGCCGGCCUCUCGCUCGCACACGGUAUUUUCAUAAGUAAAAUAGCGAGUGGUUGCAGCGCGUCCAAGGAGAACAAUCUGUUUGUGGGAGACCGCCUCAUCAGUAUAAACAACCGCUCAGUUGAGGGUUUAACCCGUGUGUCGGAUGCCAUGAUGCUACUGAGAGAGAGGCAGCAUGUCGCACUCACUGUGGCCCGCCCGCCCGUGCCGCAAGCGCAGGGGAACAGACAAUCCCCAAUCCGAGACGGCUCCAAGCCCUACUCACACUCGCACCACGCGAGCAAGGUGGUCAACAGCUGCUCGCAGACCGACGAGCCCUGGGCCAUGCGCCACUACGACAAGUCUCCGACGGAGCCGGCGGCGGAGCUGGACCGGCGUUACGUGUACCACGUGGCGGCCGGCAGCCAGGGGAAGAUACACCAGGAGAAAGGCACUUGGGACAUGAUCCGAGGGAAGAUCGAGGCGGUCACAGGCCGAAGCAAAUCUAAGGACAAACAGAAUAAGGUUCCAGAGACUGAUGCCAUCGCUGAACUUGAUUCUGUUAUCGAAAGCUACCAUGGGAAAUCGGUCAAAGAAACCGGCAGCGUCCUAAAACGAUCGCGACGGAAGAACAAAGACUCUCAGAACGACUCUAAGAACGGAGGCACCUGGCCCAAGGCUCGAGCCAACUUCAUACUAGACGAGAACCCCACAGGAACCAUCGUGCAACCGCGUAGCAGGAAGGAGAGACCCCCCCUUUCCAUCCUACUCAGCCCCCCUACCAAACUACAGCCAGAACCGCAAAGGCCAAAUACAAACAGGAAUUCAAACCCGAUACCGUUAGGCCACCAGCCGCUCACACAAUCGACCACCCCGGCCAGACAUUCGGUCUAUAAAUCCAUAGAAUCGGCCCCCGCGAAUGCACACUUUCCCAAACCGGCCCCGCUGUCCAUACACAACCCAUACGGGCCCCCACCUACAAGUAUGAAUGUGGAGAAGUUUCGCACGAUAGAGAAAGACAAAAUGGUGAUGGAAGACUAUUCUGAACAUGACAUGACCCCGAAUAGACUGAGCUUGGCUCUCAAUCCGUCCGACGAUUCGCUAGACUACCAACCGGUGACGAGGAAUAGGAAUAAGAGUCCACAUUCCCUGGAUUUUAUGGUGAAUAAAGGACCUAGCUCGUUAGACUUUGUGUCGGCGAAAUCGCCGUCUUCUCUAGACCAUUCUAUAAAGAAUCACCCCGGGAAAGAUAUUCUGGAACAGUACUAUUCGUCCAAGAAGUCAUCUUCACCGAAGACAGUCAAUAAAUACCCUUCUGACAGCGAUAGCUUCGGACCAGACAGUUUAAACAGCAAUAUCAACCUGGGCAUGACGGGAACACUGCCAUCGCAAUCUAGACUGCAAUCUCAGUACUAUAGAGGCCCUUUUACAAACAACCCGCAUUCGAGUCGCUACAACCCAGCCAGUCCGACUAACAUCCCUCAGAGCCAAUCAGGGGAGAGUAUCGGAACUAGCUACGAAAUGCCUUCAUUCACGUCGCACUCUCACAACAUGUCGGAUUUACAGCCAGUGAGGAAUGCAAGAGGCGGGGGUGAUUACCAACAUACGUACGAAGGAGGCACGUUCCCAAGAAAGAAGGAAAACCAAAGGUUUCGAAUCCCUUCGAACCCAAGUGUGACGUCAAAAAACUCAGCGGGGAAACUUAGCACGGGAUCCAUAGAACGAAGUUCGGAGCGCAACUCGCCGAUGCCGACAUUUCACGUGGAAGUUUUGAGCCCCGGAAGAGGGUCUAAGCAGAUGACGAAUAAAGCUACAAGGAACUCAAUGCCUGAAUACUCUAGCAUCGGUUGGAACAAGCCUUUACCAGGCGAGUUAAGGCGAGUCCACAUAGACAAAAGCCAGCAGCCUUUGGGUAUUCAGAUAUCUUGCCCUCCCGGCAGUGGAGGGGUGUUUGUGUCUACGGUUAAUGAGAACUCUUUAGCCAGUCAAGUCGGCUUGCAAGUUGGAGACCAGCUACUAGAAGUAUGCGGCAUCAACAUGCGCUCAGCUACCUACACGUUAGCUGCAAACGUUUUAAGACAAUGUGGGAAUUCCAUAACUAUGCUGGUGCAGUACAGUCCGGAGAAGUACAAGGAUGAAGUGGAGGGUUCUGGAAGCUCAUCUUCAGGAGAGAGCUCCCACGAUGAAGAAGUGUCGUUGUCAGGGUCUCCCACGCCCAGAAACUCUCCAGGGCCUCAACAGUCUUUGCGAAUGGAAGCGACUACCACUGAAGUAUCGACUUUGAGACAAUCGCAUGGGAACAAAGAGUUGCCAAGGUUUCUGCUGAUAGAGAUGAGGAAUUGUUCGAAUCUCGGCAUAAGUCUGGUGGGCGGGAAUGCGGUUGGUAUAUUCGUGCAUAGUGUUCAGAAGGAAUCACCGGCUUACAAUGCGGGGUUGAGGACGGGCGAUCAGAUAUUGGAGUACAAUAAUGUAGAUUUGAGGCACGCGACGGCUGAGCAAGCCGCUUUGGAGCUUUCUAAACCUGCUGAUAAGGUGAGCGUGCUAGUCCGCCACGACCUACAACAAUACCACGACAUAAAGGACAAGCCGGGCGACGCAUUCUACAUCCGAGUGGGCUUCGACCGCUGCGCCAAGAUCAGCGCCAACACGGACCAGCUCGACCCCUACUCGCUGUGGUUCAAUAAGGACGAGGUUCUCUUCGUGGACAACACGCUCGUAAACGGAGCCCCGGGGCUGUGGCAGGCGUGGCAGCUGGACGCGCAGGGGAACAAGCUGCAGUGGGGCACCAUCCCCAGCCGGUUCAAAGUGGAAGAGCUCCUCCGCCGAUCGAUGGGUUCCCUCGAAGGGGACAGCCAACAGCGGCGCGCCUCCACCACGGCUAGAAGAUCAUUCUUCCGAAGGAAAAAGCACCGGGACUCGAAGGAACUGGCCUCGUUCUCUAAUACUGAGCUGGGAUGGUGGAGCGACUCGGGAGGGUUGGGCACGGAUGACCUGCCGCUUGUGUCGUAUCAGAGGGUUGAGCGGCUGCAUUACACAAGCCACCGGCCCGUGGUGAUCCUGGGCCCGAUGCGCGAGUGCCUGCUCGCCAAGCUCGUCUCUGAUUGGCCGAACGUGUUUGCGCUUGCGCAUAGCACCCGUCACAAGGCUAGCAUCACCGAUAAGGGAUUACACUGCAUCCUAGACAUUAGCGUGGCGACAAUAGAGAAGCUGCACAAACAACAGAUAUACCCUAUUGUGUUGCUCAUAAAGUUCAAAUCGACGAAGCAAAUCAAGGAGGUGAAAGACACUCGCUUCCCGUCAGACAAAGUGUCGGCGAAGGCGGCCAAGGAGAUGUACGAACACGCAUUGAAACUGGAGAACGAGUUUAGGAAUUACAUAUCAGCGGUGAUCCCAGCCGGCGUGAACAUCGCAUACAUGUGCACGCAAAUCAAGGCAGCUGUUGAAGAGGAACAGAACAAGACAUUGUGGGUUCCUUCAGUACAAGCCUGACCCCUGCCGCCCGCGCCGCCGCCCCGCGCCC